CGGCAUGGGGGGAACGAAACGCGGGCUGUUUACUUCCCUGUUAGGGGUUACUCUCCGCGCCGCCGUGAGCCGCUCUCAUAGUGACGUCAUCCGUGCCCCACCACCCCGUCAUUGGUUCCUCAGUUGGGAAUCUCCUUCUCCGGUUAUGAAGAAAACACUAAUCAUGAAACCUCCACAAGCGGAGGCUAUGGAAGCUGUAGAAGAACUGGUCUGCUCCGCCGCUCAGGAUGAGACAGAGGAAGUAGAAAGCACUAAAGAAGAGGAUACUCAGAAGAACAAAAGAAGGAUGAGAAAAAAGAAAAUGAAACUACAGUGCCAGGUGCCAAGACCCACAGAUAAAUUAUUAACCCCAAAAACUCUUGACAAAAAAGAGAAAAAGAAAAGAAAACAUCUCACAGAAAAUGAAGAUGAUGACAGAAGUAAAAAACAAAAGAGGCCUAAUUAUUUUUUAUCACUUCCUAUUACAAACCCUAAGGUUCUUGGCAGUAUUCAGUCUUUCCAGGAAGCGGUGUUGGUGAAGGAUGAAAGACUCUCUAAGGCAAUGAUUCCAAAAGGCUCAUUCCAUCUCACUUUGUUCGUAAUGCAGUUAGCAAAUGAAGAUGAAGUUAAUUUGGCCAUAAAUGCACUUUUGGAGAGCAAACAACCAGUUGAAGAAAUCUUAAAGAGGAAAGCUUCAGUUUGCUCAAUUCGAGGAGUGGGCGAAUUUAAACAUGAAAUUGUGUAUGGUAAAGUGAUUGAAGGAGAUUCACUUCUUAAAGAAAUUGCUGAGAUCACAGAGAAGAUAUUUAAAGAAAAGGGGAUUGUCCUAGUAGGAUGCAAAGGCUUUGUACCACACUUGACCUUCAUGAAGCUGUCAAGAGCACCCAAGUUACGUAAGCAGGGAGUGAAAAAAAUUGAUCCCAAUCUGUACAAGGAUUUCCAAGAUCAUUACUUUGGGGAUGAAAUAUUGUACCGACUUGACCUCUGUUCAAUGCUAAAGAAAAGGAAACCAAGUGGGUAUUACCACACUGAGGCCUCUAUAUAUUUAGGUCAAAAGAACGGGAGAGAGCCAGAUGAUGCAGAAUUGGUGAGCCUAAGCAAAAGGCUAGUGGAAAAUGCAGUACUAAAAGCUGUACAGCAAUAUAUAGAGGAAACACAGGGCAAAAGCAGACAGACUGAUGGGUUGUCUUUGGAACCUGCCAAUAAUGAGAAAAAAUGAACAGAGCUUCUACUUGAAACUAAAAAGUUAAACUUGAAAUCGGUAACCUUCAAGAGACAGUAGCAUCCAGCUCAGGUGCUUCUUGUGCAUUGUGCUUCUGAACUAUAUUUUAGUAACGGGACAUGGUAUUUUUCAUGUAAUUGCUUGUUAAACUUCCUUCUCUUGCGGCAAAGCAAAAAAGAUAAAAGAAGAAAAAUUGAACGUAUAAUGUUCCCAUGGAGCAGAUUACAUGUAUACGUGGACAAGAAAUGGGACCUUUGUCUAUGUCAUCUGAAUUGGAAAUAAACGGCCACCCUCGAGGCCUUACGACAUGGAGAAGCCAUGCUGUCCAGUUUUAACAGAAAUACAUGAGUUUUUUUUUUUUUACUUCACAGCAAAACAAUCUUUUUACCUUAUUGCUGUUCAAGUGGCAACACUUGGAAAGCUAUGCUAAUGUUCUUGCUGGAUGUUCCUCGGAGAUUAUAUAAUCACUAUGUAUUGAUGCACAGGUUUCUUAAAUGUAUCAGGACGAAAUGCAGUAUUUCUGACAGUAAUUCAAAAACUAUUACAGAUUUUUUUAAUAUAAAUUGUGGCCAAAACGAUGCUAUACAGUAA